AUGCAGCCGGAUUCUGAAGCGUGCUACCGCGUACAGUGGAACCACGCAUCAUCGAUCUUCCUUCGCAUCGUAAUCACGGUAACACAAUGUGUUUUUAUACAGCCCUUCUCUCGCUCUCUUUCUGCAUGGCUACAACUGUCGGACUGACUGCUGCAAAAUAUGAUCGGAUCGAAUUUUCUCAUCGACCACGUUGUUGUCCCGGCGGCCGCGGAUCGGCUACCGUUUUGUGUAUUCGUGUGUGUAUGUGUGCAGGGCAUUUUGUCUGUGUGCGGUAACGCAGUGGCGUAAUACGCAUACACACACAGCGGCACGGUACGCUGCAGCUGUGUCCGGAUCCCAGCUGUUCCCGGACUGGGGAGCGCUACGCAGGCAUGUGACGCGCGUGUCCCGUGUGUUUGUACUGUUGCUCCGAGUCCUGGUUCGAUCGCGAGCGCGCGCGGGGCUUGACUCCUGUCUGUGGCUUCCUGUUUCUGCUGGUAGAGGCAUUUAUAUCGUCAAUUUGCAAUCAGUUCUAUUUUCAGCGGAAUCCCAAGUCUCAGAUUUAAAUCGGAUACUUUCCCGGACUAAAAAUAGAACUCCGCCACUACAGCCGGUCUCCCCUUUUUUAUUGCCCGGUUUUUCUCACCACGAUCUGCCAUACUUUUGGAUACAAACGAACGGCCGUGUUCGCCUUUGUAGCGGCUUCACCAACGCUGUUGACAGAUAAAGGUCAUCGCUUUCCUUAUUGCGUUACAACUGUUUUCUUCUCUCGAGCUGAAACGUCCUCGACUGAGCAUAAUGGGCCGGAAAAAAAUCCAGAUUUCUCGGAUAACGGAUGAAAGAAAUCGACAGGUUACCUUCACAAAGCGGAAAUUUGGUUUGAUGAAAAAGGCAUACGAACUGUCGGUGUUGUGCGACUGCGAAAUUGCCCUGAUAAUUUUCAGUAGCACGAAUCGCCUCUUCCAAUAUGCCAGUACGGAUAUGGACAAAGUGCUACUGAAAUACACCGAAUACAACGAGCCUACGGAGUCGCGCACAAAUCACGAUAUUGUAGAGGCGUUGAAUAAGAAGGAGCACAAGAGCGGCGGAUCUGGCAAUAGUCUGACCGCCAACGGAGACUCGAAUUCCGAUGGAGACUCAAGUGACGCCUUUGUCAUGACACCCACACAACGGGUGGAGAACACUCCCAAUAAAUAUCUUGGCAAUAAGGAGGAAAUGUUUGACAUCGCCAUGCAGCAGCAACAACAGUCACAACAGCAGCGCAAUGGGCCGCGUACCAUGACAUUAGCCGCCGCCGGAAAUCCAUAUUUGACCGUGCCCGGCGCAGGCAGUCCACACUUUGCACCGGUGGUCAACGGCACCGUCAUUCAGGCCUCCACCAUGUCCAAUCUGAGUCCGCGGCCGGCCUCCAAUUCCAACAGCGGCGUGUCGGAAGGUCUGACGCCGGUUGGUGCUAACAAUUUUGCGUCUCAACACAUCCAGAGCAUUUCACCGUUAUCCGUCUCACCGGAAGUUGCUCAGAAUUUGGUACUGAAAUCAGCUGGGGGCUCUCCUAAUGCCAAUGCACUGGGACGCUCCAAUAUACUGAAACUCAUCUCCAACACAACGUCCGUCAGUCCAAUGACCAAUGGACCGUCCUUGGCCAAUUCGGUAAACAUGCGGAAUGCCACCGGCCAGUCUAACGCAGCAGCGUUUGGGCUGUAUCCCUCAACGGUCUCCUUCAAUCCUGGGGACUUUCAGUUGAAUUCGGCUGAUCUGACAGCUUUGGCCAGCCUGAAUCAGCAAACCCAAAUGUUUUCCAAUGUCGUUAGUUGGCAUCAGCCGUCACUUGGUGGACCACACCCGAAUCUUGCCGGAGGAUUUGGUGCGCUGAAUGCUCAUGGGCAGAUGGUGCCAGCCGUGACGCUCGUAAAGACCGAACCGAUAUCCCCAUCCCACCAGGAAGUAACGGGACAGCUAAGGCCAUCGCCAACACCAGGUCACCCUUCUCCCAACGAUCCCGGCGGUCACAUCACACCGUCCGAGGAAGCUUCCGACCAGCCUCCACUGAAAAGAGCCAGAGCCGAUGCCAGCUGGGUUCGUUAGCUUGAACGACACUUUUGCCAGAAAUUCGUUUGGACUGCUAGCGCGAGUUCUACAGUAGCAUUCUGCCGCGAGAUGUACAGUGUGCUGCCGCUGCUGGUCUGAUUUUUCAUAAUACCGUACCGAGUGAUGCAUGUUCGAAAACUCUCCGUUCCUAUUUUAUCCGUCUUAUUGUAGGGCUGCGUUGGGAACGUGCUCGACAUUAUAUUAUGGUUUGGCUACAAAAAUCUAUGUAAUUUUGUUAUCGCGAUCUUUUGUACGGAAUUGAGUGCCAAGGCCUUUCUUAAUAAUUACAGUUAUUUAAAUAUUGUGGUAGUCUCACUUUGUCAGUAAUAUUUUCAUACUGAUCGACAGUUUUAUGAAAUGCAAUUGCAACGAGUAGUAAUUAUAUCUUGUACCUGUAUAUUAUAAUAAUCAAGUUUAUGUGUUUCGCAUACUCUCUGUGCUAAAACGAUUAAUUUUAUGAGAUUGCCACGAUGAACGCAACAAAUUUGCAACAUCGUCCUGACACAAAUUUCGCUGCACUGCAUGAUCAUAGUCUU